AUGGCUCCCGUGCAGCAGACGUUCUCGCUGAUUCCCGAACUUCCUUCUGCCCUCCAUGGCCAUGGCGGCGAUCAACAGCAGCAGGGUCGCAUCUCCCGACCCCCCAUGACGACCAAGCAGGCGAAGAAGGCCUACAAGGCCAAAAACAAGGGUCCGAAGCUCUCCAAAGCCGAGCAGCGCCGCCAGGACCUGAUGGAACAGGACCGCAUCCGCCGCGAGUUUGAAAAGGAGCGCAACCAGGCCAGAGCCAAGGCCGCUCGGGACAAGCGCAAGGAGAAGGAGGAUCGGGAAAAGGCCGAGAAAAAGAAGAAAGGCAUCCCACUUGUUGAGGUCCAUCCGUCCCAAGAUACCUUGGCCCGCUUUGUGCGGAGGCCGACAACCCCUACCGUGGGGCCGAAGUCUAAGACCGAUAGCAGUGGAUUUCCGGGCCGACGGAGCCAGUCGCCGAGAGAUCAAAGGCCAGAUAGUCUGCCGGUUGUCUGUUCUGAAGAAGAUGAUAGCGACGCAACCUUACCAGCAGAAGAUGAACCAGAAAGACCAACAAAGAGGCAACGCACUGAGGAAUCGCCCAGAGCCCUGCCGGUGAUUGAGCAUGAGCUAAAUGGCAUGUUCAAGAAGCCAAUCACAAAGCCCGAUAUCGAUCCAGGGAUCGAUCAAACACGGAACAGAGCUUCUCAACACUCACAAACCAAUGUGAUGAAAGAACCCACUGCAACAUCGACGAGUCUUGAUCCAGAUGAUCCAAUAGUUGAGAAUAUGGUUAAUCGUCAAAUUCUCAACGAAUCGUUUUCUGCGGAUGAUGGCUUAUUUGACGAUAUCGAUCUUGAUGCUAUUGAAAUGCAAACUGUAGCUCAACACGCUACACGCAUGACACGCAUGGAGCCAAAUAUUGCGCUUUCGAGACCUCCCGAUCCUCGUUCGUCACCAGGAAAAGACCAACCUGUUGUCCAGAAAGGCACUAUAGACCAAAUGCCUGAUCAGAAACAAGUUCUCGUCGCCUCAUAUCCAAAACAGCCUGUCCAAAUGCGUCGCGACGACGGAAAACGCGCCGUGGAGUAUAAUAACCUGAACCGCAAGUCUUUAUCGAAUGAGGAAACACCAAAGAAUUAUGUAAUCGAGCGACCAAGUGUCGACGAGGAUGUUGCUACUCCAGCAGCGCUGGCCGCUACCAGUCGGAACUCAUGUUCUGGGAGUCGCGCGACGAAAGCCCAUCGUCGACUUCUGCUUGUUACUGAGCAGCAAGACCGGAAACCAUUGCAAGAAUUACCAAUCAAGCAGAGCGGACAUUCGGUCCAGAUGCAGAACGCACAAGCGAAUUCUUCUGCAGUCAGUGAACAGACACGAAUAGAACAGACACCAAAGCGAUCUCGCCCAAGUCCAAAAUCAGUCUUGAAUGGAUCAAGCGUAUUCCUGUCGCCCAAGACCCCAUCCAUGGGCCCUCCGCCAUUGCCACCAAAAUUCAAGACUCAUGGUCAACCAAUUUCUGGCAAUGGCCUUCACAAACCAAAAUUCUUACCGCGGCAGCACCCAACGCACGUGCUGCCUAAAAGGGAAUCGGAGUCUCCAGCGCACCUGUUGAGCACCAGAACAGACUUGCCUCCAUCGAGCACGCAGCUAUUUCUGCAGAGUUUUGCUGAUGACCUUUUCCCCAGCCCUUCGCAAGAAAUCGCGGAGCUCCUCGACGAACCUACCAGCGGGCUUCAGGGACCAUCCACUCACUCGAAAUCGGCAUCAGUUGCGUCACCUCUGCGUCCAUCUCGCAUCGAAAACAAGCGUGACAAUCAACUAUCACGGCCCUUUUCCCGUGAUAACACUCAGAAAAACCGAACUUUGUCUCAUGGAAGAACAAAACGUCAUGAACCGCAAGCCCCAGUAAAUAAUCAUAGAGUCACUACACGGAAGCCGCAGUUGCCCGAACCACCAAACAUAGAUAUGCCGUUCUUGCUGACACAAGACAUUCUGCUCUCGUCACAAGACCUCAUAGAACUUGAAGAUGAGCCAUUGGUUCCAUUGGGUCGACUUCGGCCAAGCAAUGAUCGUGUGAGCACGAAUAUUGUGCCCCCCAACUCCAUUUUGAAUCCACAAAUGCAUAGCAUUCCAAGACAAAACUAUCACACGACAGCUAUCACAGGGAAAUCUAUUGCAAUGCCUGAAGGGAUGAAAUCAACAAAAAGCUCCUCUGUAGAGAGCUUUAAGAUACCUGGCGCAGCAAGUCUUCGGGCGAAGCACGCAGACGAUCUGCCACAGACUCCUUCGGGAACUCUAGCUCAUAGGAAGCCAGAACCACUCGACAAGGACCCGCCCUACGGAAACCGUACAGUGAAGAAGACUCAAGCCCGAGAACUGGAGACUGGAGACCUAACAUCCUCAUUCACGGACGACGAACUCGCAGAAUUGUUUAGUGAAGAUCUCGAGAUAGAGCGUGAUGACCCAGAACCAGCAGAAACCAAAGCCCCUUCCCAAGUCGUACCACAACGUACUCCAAUUCAGAGACACUCGUCUCCAAAGCCAUUUUUUACGUCUAGUGGUACCAAGGAAAGAUUUAUCUUGGCUUUCGAGAAAUCUAGGAAUGACACUUGGCGAAACGAACAGGCACGACGCCAAGGUCAGGAGGAAUUAGAUGUUCUUUGCAGAGAAGAGGAGGAAAGGCAACAGAGGGUGCUGACCGAUAAGCUAUUGGAGGCGGAAGAGCAUUUUGAGAGAAAGGCAGAUGCUGUGGACUUGGUCGUUGACAAUAGCAAUAAGCGUCAACGUGCUUGCAGCUCGUCGGCCAAGUCUAGUAACGGCGCUCCUCGCAGCCAGAAUAGUGCUACCUCGAGCAACAAGGCUCGGCAGCGUAACUAUCCUCAUGGCUCUUUUGAGAAAAUGUGUGAGAUGCUCAAGGAAAAACAGGCCUUGGAGAACACCAAAGAAGCCAUUAUACCUGCUUCCCAGGGGAGUGACUAUGGCGAUUUUGGUUUGGAUCUUGACGACCUUCCUUGCUUAUGA